UUGUGGAGGUUAGAAUGUCAUGGCGGCGCCCUAGAAGCACAUGUAUUGUGUGUAGCAAUUUGCAAAUGGUGAACUAUGUAACGAUUCCAGACCGCAGUGAGAUGUGCGAGCAGUGACAGACUUCCUCUCAGUGUGACUCCUAACAACUGAUCUGAGGAUGCUGCGGCUGCCGGGAAUGUGUUUAGCUUCCUGUCUUUCUCACAAUAUACCCAGGCUGAUAACUUCACGGUGCCCUUUAUCCACCAGGCGGUUUAGACUGUUCCUCCACCACGGGCAGUCGCCUAAGCGCCAGUAUGCCAGCAGUGGAGCCGCCUCACGAAGACAUUUCAAGAAAGACUUGUUUUCAUCCCUUGAUAGUUUUUUACAACCGGUGACAGUUACCGAAAUCCGGCAGUACCUGCGUAGUAAAAAUAUCUCCUUCCAUGAUGGCUAUAGCUGCCUACAUGUGCCCAGCCCCUUCACCACAGGCAUGGAAAAUAAUCUUUUUAUAGACAAGACUACAGGUCGCUUUUUGUGCAAAGAGACAUUACUGGAGGGAUGCUGGGAGGAUUUUCAGGAUACCAUGGAGCUGUUGCAGAAAGAGGGUUGUACUUAUCUCAGUCCAGACACCAUGGCUAACUACCUAGGGGAGAGUGACAUUGAAUCAGGAGAAGCAAAGUUUUGUGACAUGGAGGUGCGCAGAAUCUGGGAAAAAGCUGUUUGGAUAUCUGAGCUGGAAGAUGAUGAUGCUCAUCUCAUUAAAACCAUGUUCGGUAUUCUAAAACUUUCCAAUGCCACCCUAAAAAAAUAUGGGGUUAGGUAUUUUCAACCAACCAAAAGCUUGGUCUUCCCUUGGUUUAACCCCAGAAAUUCAAGAAUGAGGGGGCUGAAGCUGUUAUCUGCUGAAUGCAACGGCAACAAUGUCCAUUAUAUAGAAACAACCUUCCCCAAACCUGCCCUCUACUAUAACUUAUUUGGUCUUGCAGUACUGGGCAAAAAAGAAACUGAGGUGGUGAUUACUAGCCGAGAAUUAGAUUGUUUAGCAGUGCAUCAAGCUACUGGAGUGACCAGUAUUGCUUUGCCCCGUGGGGUAACUUGUUUGCCUCCUGUGCUUUUGCCAUACCUGGAGCAGUUUAAGCGUAUAAUUCUAUGGCUAGGAGAUGACUUGCGCUCCUGGGAAGCGUCAAAACUGUUUGCUCGUAAACUGAGCAUUAAGAGAUGCUCACUGAUUCGUCCUGGGGACAAGCAGCCCAGUCCUUUACAAGCCGUUAAUGAAGGCAUGAACUUAAAUAAGGUGCUCAAAGGUUCGCUACCUGCUAGUCACAAGUCUAUUAUCUCGUUUCACCAGUUGCGUGAGGAAGUGUUUGGACAGCUAGAAAAUGUAGAUCAGGUUGCUGGGGUAAAAUGGGCAAGAUUCCCUGAAUUGAAUAAGCUACUUAAAGGUCACCGUAAAGGUGAACUAACUGUUUUUACAGGUCCCACAGGCAGCGGAAAAACUACAUUUAUCAGCGAAUAUGCUCUGGACCUGUGCAUUCAGGGGAUUAACACCUUGUGGGGGAGUUUUGAAAUAAAUAAUGUUCGUCUGGCUAAAAUUAUGCUGACCCAGUUCUCUCUGCAGCGUUUGGAGGAGCAGCUGGAGAACUAUGAUGAGUGGGCUGACCGAUUUGAAGACCUGCCCCUAUAUUUCAUGACCUUCUUUGGACAGCAAAAUAUCAAGGCAGUGAUAGAUACAAUGCAACAUGCGGUGUACAUGCAUGACAUCAGUCACAUCAUCAUUGAUAAUCUUCAGUUUAUGAUGGGACAAGAGCAUCUCUCUACAGAUAAAUUUGCAUUUCAGGAUUACAUGGUUGGGGCUUUCAGGAAAUUUGCUACAGAGCAUAAUUGCCACGUGACACUGGUUAUUCAUCCACGAAAAGAAGACGAUGACAAGGAAUUACAAACAUCCUCUAUUUUUGGCUCUGCAAAAGCAAGUCAGGAGGCUGAUAAUGUUCUCAUACUUCAAGACAAGAAGCUGGUUACAGGGCCAGGCAAAAGGCACCUGCAAGUGGCUAAAAACCGAUUUGAUGGAGAUGUGGGUAUAUUCUCUCUGGAGUUUAACAAAUCAUCUCUUACUUUCUCAUCUGCAAAGAGCAAGGCAAAAGUUAAGAAGGUUAAUAAAGACAAUGAAAUGUCAAAUAAGGAUCCCUCGGAUGAAAUACCGUUGAAAAAUAAGAAAUAAAAACACUUUUUUUUAAUGUUA